AUGGGCCCCUGUACCGCCUCCCCAUGCUGCUGCCAGGCCCGUAAUCUGCUAUGGCCCCCGUACCAACUCCUCAUGCUGCUGCCAGGCCCGUAAUCUUUCAUGGGCCCCUGUACCGCCUCCUCAUGCUGCUGCCAGGUCCAGAGUGUGUCAUGGGUCCCUGUACGGCCUCCCAUUGCUGCUGUCUCCAUCGCCACACUCUGCCAUGUGCCACUUUCAGGUCUCCUCACACACUGCUGGUGGUUUCCAUUUUUGUCAUAGGGUGCUGUAUGGCCUCCCAUUGCUGCUGCCUCCACCGCCACACUGUGGCUCCACACUCUGGUUUUGGCCCCGUGACUGCCCAAAUGAGUGAAGUGUGCGGUGAUUCUAAGAUCGACGGCACUCAUCUGCAUGUCAUACUGACUGUCAGUAUUAUUUCUCUUCCCCAGCAGACUCCAAGGGCAUUUAAAUUAAAGGUACAGUGUUCUGCACUAAUAUAA